AUGUCGUACCCUCGACAUUUUAGCAACUUGCAAGUUUUAAUGAUAAUUUGGAAUAUUAUUUAUCAUCCAACUCUUCUGAUUAAUGCUAACGAUCUAUAUACAAAUGAUAUCAUUGUAACACAUUUACAAAUUGGUUAUCAAUAUACGUAUAAAUGGAAAAUUAUUCAUGAAAUAUAUAAUUCCUAUCAACUCACUAAUGAAAAAAUUAAUGAUAAUAAUAAAAUAAAUAAUCAAAUUUAUAUUAUAGAAGGAUUAGCAAAGAUUAUUAGUGGACCAAAUUGUGAUAUGAGAUUAUCUCUUCAUCAUGUAGAAGAACCUGGAGAAAUUCAAACAACUAGAAACUUAUCGUAUCAUGAAAAGUAUCCGAUAAAAUUCUGUCUUAGUAAUGGCAGACUUUUAUCAUUUGAAUAUUUAUCGCAAGAUGAAAUAUCUUCUGUCAGAAUCAAAAAAGCUUUAUUAUUUCAAUUGCAAAUGUCUUCACAAACAUAUGGACAACAAUUUUACACUGUUGAAAUAGAUCACUUAGGUUCAUGUCAAACAGAAUAUGUUCUUAAAACUGUCAAUUUACAUACGGUGACUAUGAUCAAGAAACGAAAUUCAAUGUUCUGUAAUGAUGAAUAUCAACCAUUUUUCAUAAAAGAUAAUUCAAAACUAAAUGAUCAACAGUUCACAAUAAAUAAUCGACCUUUAUAUUUACAAAGUGAUUUAAUAUGUGAAUUAACACAUAAACUAAAUGGACCAAUAACAAAUGUCAACUGUCAAGAAACUUCAAUUACUCAACAACAAUGGUUUCCAUCGUUUUCUAUAAACACUUUAACUCUUAAUGUAAAUAUGCAAAUAAAUCUUACUGGAGAAACUGAAUACAAUGAUGAAUUUAUAGAGUUUGAUGGAAUAUCCAAAAUGGAUUUUGAAUUUCCUGACAAAAAUCAGAAUCAAACAGUGAUAGUUAACAAUUUUCUUAUAGAAAAUAAUUUUACAAAUCAUAAUUAUAUUAAUAUGAUAAUGAAUUCACCUGAGAAAUUCAGUUAUUUCAUUGAACAAUUGAAGUGUUUAACUUAUGAACAAUGGAAAAUAGUAUAUAAUUCAUGGGAAGAAAAUAUUCAAACAAAUGAAAUUAGAAAUUUUCUUGAAAACGUAAUUUUGGAGGUUCAAACUGAAUCAUCGAUCAUCUUUAUCAUAAAUCAUUUUAUUGUUAAUGCCAAAAAUGAAUAUAAACAACUUAAAUGGAUUAAUCAUCUUAGUAUAAUGAAGAAACCAACCAUUGAGAUGAUGAAAGAGAUCAAGAGCUUGCUAACAAGUCAUUUAUACAAUCAUACAGUUUAUUAUGUCAGUGUAAGUAUUAAGCAAUUUUGUGAAGAUCAUCCAUCAUGUAUAAAAACUCAAAUAAUUCACGAAAUGAUGAACAUUAUUGAGAAUUCAGUUGAUUUACAAGACAACAUAAAGUCAUUGAAAACACUUGAGAUUAUUGAAAAUAUUGGUCAAUUUUUAUCAUCACAAAAAAUUAUUAAAAUUAUAGAAAAAGAUUUAAUGGUUUAUAAUAAUAGUGAUAAUAAUUUACGAUUAUAUGUUGGACAAAUUAUUGAUCAUUUUCCAUGUGAGCCAUAUAUAGAUAAUCAUCUUUGGAGUAUAUUUUUAAAUACGAAUGAAUCAAAUGAAUUAAGAAUUACAAUUUUCAAUUCAUUGAUUAAAUGUUUAACCCAUGAAAAAAUUUUGAAAAUUUUGAAAAUUUUAAAUAAAUCUUUAGAUAAUCAAAUUCGAUCAUAUGUGAUAUCUAAACUGUUUAGUUUAUUAAAGACACACGAUCCUUCUAAAAUGGAUUUAUAUUUAAACGUUCGUAAAUAUGAAUAUGAAAUUACCCAAUUAAAUAAAGAUAAUGGAUUUCUCUUUGCAAUCAGAAAUUCUGGAUAUCAUGAAUGGAUUCAGAAAACAAAAUAUGGUAUCUUUUUCAUAGAAUUAUCAACGAUAUACGAAUCGUACAGUAUACUACCCAACACUAUAAAAAUGAGAUUAAAAUAUCAAAAUAAAGAAAAAUUAUCUAAUGUUUUUGAUGUUGUCUAUCAGUAUGGAAGUGAAACAUUCUUGUAUAAAUUUCUAAUCAAUCUAAUCAAAACAAUUACAUCAACUUAUGUUCCAUGGAUGAAAGACUAUACAGUAAAUAUUGAUAAUCAGACUCAAACGUUUAGAAAAUAUGAUUCAAUUUUUAUCAAAUGGUUUGAUAAGAUUGUAUUUCAUUCAUCAAAUAUAAGUUAUCAACUUCAAAAUUGGUUUUCUACUACGAAGACUUUCUGGAGUCAACCAAUCGAACUGAAUCAUGCAAAACAUCUAUGGAAAUCAAAAAAUGAGCAUCCAUUACUAAGUGGAUUCUAUAUUGAAUGGGAAACAAAUGUUAUUUCGUAUAUGAAUUCCUAUAUGAACAGUGUAUACAGUUUAAAUCCGUAUCAGUUUUCAUUAUUCAUAAAUCACAAAUCAAAAUUUUACACUUCUCAAAAAGUACAACUUGUGAGUGGAUCCCAUGAAAUUUUUGGUUUUCAGUCAGAUCGAAAAAUUGAUUGCAAUUUUCAUGUAAAUAAUAGUUUGAAACUUGCUACGGAUUCUAAUAAUUUGUUACUGGAAAUAUUAUUUGAUCCAUGGAGUUAUAAUUAUGAAUUAUUUAAAUACACAAAAAAUGAUUUUUUCAUGAAAAAUGGUAAACCAUAUUUGGAUUUUCAAUUAUCAAAAUUAAAUCAUUGGAUAAUUACAACGUUUAAACCUUUUAAUUGGUUUCAUUUAAUUAUUGAAAAGUUAUGUCAUUCAGAAAACAUCUACUCAUUAAUUCAAGUAUAUCAAAUCAAUAUAAAUGAAGUAAAAGGAUUUUUUCUAAAAUUUAAUUAUUUAUCUAUGGAUGAAGAAGAAAAUAACAAUAAGAUCAACCGUAUAAGCUUCUUGAUUCAUCGAACUAAUGUAUCAAUGCAACAGAAUUAUGAAACAAAAAACAAUAACUUACAAUUCAAUCUUAAAAUAAAUAAUCAGAAUGAUAGUUUACGACAUGUUGAUUUAAAGCUUUCAGUAUUUCAGAAAGAUUCUUAUCAUCUAAUUAUUGACAUCACUGAAGACGGUUUAAUACAAGCUGUAGGCUACUUCAAUCAACAAAGAAUGAUCAGAGCGAAUGGAAGUCUAGAUGUUAAAGGAAACGAUACAAAUGCAAGAAUACAGCUUUAUAAUCCUUCCAUAAAUUUAAAUAUUAGUUUUCGAAAAUAUCACAAUUCACUUUUCGUAAUGCAAGCGAUUAAUCAAGCUGAUUAUUUUCCAUUCCAAUUCAGUUUGAUUAAUUAUGUUACCAAUCAACCAAAUCUUAAAAUGUUGGGAAUGAAUGCAUUUCAAACAUCAAUAUCUUUUAAUGUAUCCAAUUUUAUAAACAUAUAUUGGAGUUUCAAUUUAAAUUCUACGGAAGACAAUAAUCCACCUUCAUACUAUAGUACAACGUUAUUCAAUGUUACAAUAUUUGAACAUUUUCUAAUUUAUCAAAAUUCAAUUUAUUGGAAUGAAACUUUGAAUAAUAAAACUACCGUGAAUACGAAUGAAAAUGAUAAAAAUAUAACAAUUAAAACAAAAGCUCAAAGCUCAGUAUCCAAUCACUUCGAUUACGAAUGUACCAUCAAUAUGUUUAAAACAAAGGAAUUUCUGACUCCGUAUUAUGGACAGCCGACUAAAUUUUACAUUAAUAUUUAUGUCGUGUCUCCAAAUAGAAGUAGUCUUCGUCAAUUCUCAUUAUUGACUAAUCAUGGGGUUAAUAUUCAACACUCAAGGAGUAUUAAAACGUCAGUCACCUCUACUUUUGCCGACGAAAAAAAAGGUUUUAUUCUAAACAAUGAACUAGAAUGGAAAUUAACUGAUAUUGGAACUAUCAAUAGAUUACAUAGUACAACUGAUAUUUAUUGUAAAUCUAUGAAAGAAUCUAUCAAAUUAAUCUUAUUACAUGAUAUCGAAAAUCAAUUAUUAUCAUCUAUACUUAUGGAAUAUAAUGAUCAAGAUCAUCAAAAAAUUUAUUCAAUCAAAAGUUGGUUACAACCUUGGCGUAAUCAACAUGAAUUUACAUUUCAAUGGCCAAAUUUAAAAAUCAUUCAAAUUUUAACUAUUUAUGAUAUAAUACCAAUAGAUUUAUAUAGUGGAAUAACAUUAGAUCAUUUAAUCUAUUUUAAUCAUUAUAAAUAUUUUAUUAUUAAAAAUCAAAUAAUGUUUAAAUUAGAUGAACAAAAAUUAUUUAUUUUACAUCAAACUAAACGAUUCAAUACUACUUAUAUUAAUCAAUUAAGUAAUAUCUCUAAUCAUGAAGAUAUAAUAUCACAAUUAGAAUUAAUUUUACAAUUUUAUUAUAAUAUAAACUUAAUACCAUUACAUAUUAAAUUUAUAUGUGAAAGUAAAAUUAAGUUUCUUUUAUUAAAUUAUAAAAUAAAUAAAAAUAUUAUGGGAAAAUUAAAAUUAAAUUUUAAAAAAUUAAAUGGUGAUAUAUUAGUUGAAUUAUUCAAUAAUCAAUUAAAUAAUCAAUUUAAUGAUAAUAUUCAAUUGAAUAUAAAUUAUGAUUUUAAUUAUAAAUCAAUAAUUAAUAUCAUUUUUAAAAUCAAUAUCCAAUCAAAUAUACAGAAUCAUUUAUUGAUCAAUUGGAAAUCAAUAAAUGAUUCAUUAUAUUUUAUAAUAAAUUGUAAAAUUUCAUCAUUUAUUUAUUUAAUUUAUCAUUUUAAACAUAGAUGGCAUAAUGUUGAUUAUCAUAUUGAAGGUUCUAAUAUGUUAUCAGUUCAAUCAUUUUUAUUAAAUCAUUGGUUCUCUGGAUUUUAUUUAAAUAGUAAUUAUAUAUUGCAAUUAAAUUUAAAUCAAAAAUUAUUUGAAAUACGUACUGAAUAUAGUACAACUAAUUCAUUAGGUCCUGGUUCACCAAUUCGUAUAAGAAUUAAUUUUAAACAUGAUAAAUCAUAUAAACAUGGUAAUUUAGAAGUUGGAUUAGAUUCUCAAUUAAUUGGUCAUUAUAUUGGAUAUGAAAUGAUGAAUACUAUGAUGGAAUAUCAAUUAGAUUCCUCUGAUAAUAAGAAAUCAAUCGAUUUCAUUAGUCGUUGUCUAAUUGGAUAUCGUUUAUAUGAAGGUCGUGGUACAAAAGGUUAUCAAAUUGAAUUAUUCAUUAUUCAAUAUCAAAAUGAUUAUCAAUUUGAUAUUUUAUUUAAAAUUGGACGACCUGGAUUAAUUCAUCACAAUAUUAUAGAAUAUAAUCAUUUAUUACAAAGUAAUCAAACAAAAUUUCAAAUUUCUACAAUUUAUUUAAACAAACCUUAUUUUUAUUUAAAUUUCGAUAUUCAAUUUAUUGAAACUCUAUUAUUUCCUAUUUAUUCAAAUAUUAGUUUAUUUAUCCCAUGGAAUAAUUUGAGAUUCAUUGUAAAAGAACAAUUAAAUUACAAUAAAUCAUCUUCUAUUAUUCAACAAAAUUUAUUAAUUUUCAUCAAUCAAUCAAUAACAUUUUAUUAUUUCAAUCAAUCAUUAUACUUUAAAAAUAAAUUAAUGAAAUCUUCAAAUGUAUAUAAUUAUUUAUAUUUACAAUGGAAUACCAAUAUAAUAAGUAGUCAUAUGAGUAGUAUAUUAUUUUAUAAAUAUAUAAAGAAUAUUAUGAAUACAACUGUAUAUGAACAAUUCUUCGGAGAUUGGAAUUCAUCUAUCUAUUUAUUAUUUAUUCAAAAUUAUUUUAAUAACUCUUUCAAUAUUUAUUAUAAUUUAACAGAUCAAUUAUGGAAUAAUAAAAUUCAUGGAAAUAUAACUAAAAUAAAUGAAAUAAAAUAUAAUUAUUCAAUCCAUAAAUAUAAUUAUUGUGGUAAUCAUAAAAUUUCAUUGUAUCAUAUUGAUUUUCAAUUAAAUAAUACAAUCAUUAUUUAUAUAAAACAGAUCAAUAAUUAUAAAAUAAAAAAUUUGUUUGAAUUUAUUUCUUUUCAAAAUCAAACAAAUUCUUAUGAAUAUUCAAUGGAACAUUCAUAUAAACAAAAACAAUCUGAUUUUGUUUCUUAUAACUUGUUUACUACAGCUAAUAAUAAAAAUAUAUUAAAUAUUGAUUUACAAUUGCAAAGUUUCAAUAAUUUUCAGUUUAGUAUAAAAAUUAUACCAAAUGAUUUAAUCAAUAUACAAUUAAUUGAUAUUCAAUUAAAAAAUAAUCUAUCUAUUAGAGAUAUCGAUUGGUUUUUCAAUGGAUCCAUUGAAAUUCUACCAUAUUUACCUAAAAUUUUAUCAUUCAUCAAAAUACAUCCAAUAAUAUCAGAUUUAAAUGAAAAUUUAUUACCAAUUCAAUCUAAACCAUUUCAGUUUUCAAUUUUAAUACAAAAUACAAACGAUAACAGUGAAUGGAAAUUAUUCAAUAUGUCAGUAGUACAAACAUUAUAUAAUCAAUCUAAUAUCCAAGUGUUAACAUUAUAUAUUCAAUCAAUAACACCAUAUAUAAAAUUACCAUAUGUAACAAUGACAGAAAACAAAUUAAUCCAACCUAUAACUAAUAAUCGAACAACUAAUGAUUUAAUUGAAUAUAAUCAUAUAAAAAAUGAUAAUCAAUCAAAUAAUAUUGAAUUAACAUUAUUACAAAUAAAUAAUAAUAAUCUAUCGAUUUCAAUUAAUAUUAAUAAAAAAUAUAAAAUAUUUUUAGAAAUUAAAAAAAUUAUAAUGAAUUCUUCAUCUAUUCAUUUUAUUAAUAUUUCAUUAUUUGAUCAACGAAAUCAAUUAGGUAAUUAUUUACAAACUAUUAAAAUCAAUCAAUUAAAUAAACAAACAAUUUAUCAAUUAAAAAAUUAUUUAUGUAUAAUAAAUAAUAAUAAUAAUAAUGAUAAUAAUAAUAUUCAUAAUUUAUCAAUAAAAUUAAUUAAUUCAAAUAAACAAAAUAAUAUUUUAUUUAAUUUAAUUACUUUAAAUUUUUAUUCCAAUUUACCAAUAUUAAUUAAGCAUCAAAUCAAUGAAAUAAAUAUAUAUUUAAAAAAUAAUAAUAAAAUUGAUCCAUUUAAUAAUAUAACAAUACUUAAUUAUUCAUUACAAAUUAAUAAACAAAUUUAUUAUCAAUUACAAAGUGAAUUAAUAAUCAAUAAAAAUUUAUUAUUUUUAAAAUAUGAAAUAAAUUUAAAAAAUCAAUUAAUAAAAUUUAAACAAAAUCAAAAUUAUUUAAUUGAAAUAAAUUUGAAUCAACAAACUAAUUAUUCAAUUAUAUUUAAAUCUAAUAAAAAUUAUUUAAUAAUAAGUUAUGAUAUUUUUCAAUCAUUAUUUUUUAUAAAUAUUAAUAAUUUUUUAUAUUUUAAAACAAAUAUUUUUAAAUUUAUUUCAAUAUUAUUACAUACUACUGAUAAUUUAAAUCAUCAAAAACAAAAUAUACAACAAAUUACUACACAAUCUUCACUUAUAAAUAAUGAAAAUAAUUCAAUAGAUUUUAUUUUAGUUAGCCCUAACUAUAUUGAUCUUAAUUUUCAAUUUCAAUUAUAUAAUGAUAUUACACAAACUUAUCGAUUUAUAACAACAAACUUGAAUUUAUCUUCUAAUUUAUUAUAUAUUCCAUCUUUAGACUUUUUAUUUUCAAUAAAACAUAAUAUUGUAUCCAAACGGUUAGUAACUAAGUUAGAUCAUUAUGGAUAUACAAAAAAUUUAUUAUGUAACAAUGUUAACCAGUCUAAUCUGAUGAUGCAAGCGAACACUCCAAAUAAUGAAAAUAAAUUUAUAAUAGUACUCAAGAGUUAUUUACAAAUGUAUAAAAAUACUGUUUACAACUCCAACAUACAUGUAAACUUUCAUCGUAUAAUUGAAAAAAUCACUCCGUACACCAUUGAUAUUAAUAUAAAUAAAAUGAAUGAACAAUCAAAAAAUCUAUAUGUUCAAGUUUAUGCAAAGUAUGAUCCAUUAGAUCAAAACAAUUUCAUUACUAAACUGAUUAUGAAAAAUGAAAAAAAAUCAAUACAUUUUAUUAUGUUAAGUGAUUUGCAUAAAAGUCAAGUUAUCAGUUUAUUAAACUCAAAUAUUUCAAAUGAUAACAAUGAAAUCUAUAUUGAUUAUUUAUCAGAAGAUCAAAAGAAAGCGGUAUAUAUUAGAACGUCUUUAAGGAAUAUAACUUAUUCUAUUGAAUCAAAUCAAUUAAUAAUAAAUGAAAAUAAUAUUUAUAAAAAUAAAACAAUUAAAUAUGAAUUAAUUAAUGUGAAAACUUCCAAAAGAAAAAAAGAUAUUAAAAUUAAAUUGAUAAGCUAUCAGAAUUAUAUUCUAGAUUCUGAUAAGAAAGAAGAUGAUCAUAUGGAAAGGUUACAUUAUGCUGGUUUUAUUUUAAACACGAAUAUUUUGAAACAGGGUUCUAUAAAUAUUCUAAGCAAAAUAUCCAAAUCUCCAGAUAACACUCAGCUGAUAGUAACCAUGAAUCAUGGGCAUAAAUCAGCUGCCGAUCACCAAUUCAUUGUUACAUGGCCACAUGUUUUCCAGGAGAAACAUUAUCCUUUGUUAUUUCUAAAAACUUUGAACAAGACUUUGAAUCUAACUGGUGCCUAUUUCCAACAAUCGGGAAUAUUAAAUACAUCCCUUCAGAUUAUAACAAAUGAACACCACACACAAUGUAAAUUCUACUGGAAAAAAUGGAAUUCUAUUCACCUACUGAUUGAUAAUCAUCUGGAGUUGAAUUACAAUCUUAUUUAUCAAAAUUAUAACAAUAACAUUUAUCAUAUUAAAUAUGAUUAUUAUGAUAUUUUUCAAGUCAUCUACCAGUUACAUAAUCAAGACAGGAAUAUGGUUGUUAACAAUGGUGAUUUAUUAGCUAUUAAGUCAGUUAUCGGUUCCGAUGAGCACAAGACAAUAUUGCAAGUCAAAAUAAACAAGAAUUAUGGCGCCAUGUUACAAGUAACUAGUCAUCAUCAGUCAAUCAAUCAAAGUAAUUUGAAUGGUCGCUUAAUAGUACACUUAGAUCAUUCAAACAUUCUUCAUUUAUUUUCGUACUGGAGACCAGAAAUAUGUGAAGACGUAUCCUUAUCUAUUAAUGAAUUCCCUAAACAAUUCAAUUCUUUAAUUCAAUUGAGUUUUGCUAAAAUCUAUCAAUAUGGACAACAAUUAAUCAUAUUGUUUUCAAAUGAUUUCAUGAAUUCUAUAAAUGAAAUACAAUUGAAUCAAUUCAUUAAUAUAAUUCAUAAUGAUUUAAAAUAUACCAGUCAUUUAUUUCUAUAUUGGUUCAAUAAUGAAUUAUUCAAUAUUUCAAUAUUUAAAAAUAGGUUACCAAUAAAAUUGAAUAUAACAAAAUUAGAUAUUUGGGAAAAUUUUCAAGAAUUGAAAAAUACUACUAAUAGUUUAACUCAAUUUAAAUUGAAUUUAGUUCAAUAUUUUGACAGCAUUUAUAAAUCUUUCCUGAUAUAUAUAGAAUCAAAUAUACAACAAAAAAUCGUAGACAAUAUUAAUCCACUACUGAAUUAUAUGGUGAAUACAACGAUCCAGAAAUCAGAAGAGUUUUCUAAAGAUUCAAUUAAAGGUUUAAAAUUAAGUUUCAAUGCUUUUGAUGCUUUUUGGUAUUCUAUGGUCGAAAUCUACAGUAUAUGGAUAGAAAUUCCAUCAAAGAUUAAUGAAAUUAUUUACAAUCUUCUUGUUAAUGAUACCAGAAAUUCAGGGAAACUAGAAAAUAUUACAGUUUAUUUAAAGCAUGUGAAUGAACGCUUAAACAUCGCUCAAAGUUUAUUUGAAAGCAUUCGAAACAAUAUUAGUACUAUAGGACAAUGCGCUAGAAAUAGAAUCAGCGAACAAUGGCGGGAUGAAAAGUCAAACUAUGAACAACUGAGUCAGUUCAUUCAACUAAUCAAACAGAAGCAAAUAGAAGAAUCUUACAAGAUACUAUUCAAACCACAUUUGAGGAAUUUCAUCAAAUCGAUGAAUAAAAAUCAAUAUUAUGUUAAGAUAUAUAUUCCACAGUUAAUUAAGAUAUUUACCCACUACAUGCCAAAAAUUUGGCCUUAUUAUAUGCAGAUUUUAGAAGAACAAUCAAAAAUGAAAUCUCAAAUAAAUCAUCUAACAAAUGAAUCUAACAAUUUUGUAUAAACAAACGUUUCUGUUUUUUCAUUACUAGAAAGAACAUAAUGAAAUGUAUGUUGUUGUUUUCUUUUUUUUUUCUGAUCUUGGUUAUAGUUAACUAAUUCAUACUACUGGCAUAUAUAUAUAACACAAAACUGAAAAAAACUUUUGUGAACUCAUGGCCUUGUCCUUUUUUUAAAAAAACAAACAAACAAAAUAACAUCAUAAGUUCAUGUAACAAUUUAUCAGAUUUUUUUUCCGAAUUUUUUCUUCUAAAUUAGUUAAUUUGACAAAAACAUUAUUCUAACGAAAAUAUUAUUUUAAUUUAGUGCUAGAUUUAAUGAUGAACAAAAUAAAUGAUGAAAAGUAGUAGACGACCGUUUCAUCAGUUUACAGAAUUCUAAUGAGAAGUUAUGACCAAUGGAGUUAAACUGUGUUGAGUGUGAGGUAGCUAGCCACCGAAGGUAAUGUAAGAUGAUUGUGUAAUACCUUGGAUUGAUUGAAGCUAGAUUGUUAUAACGUGUGAGUGAGUGUGUGCCCUGUUUGAUAUAUAAACGUGCUAAUUCCCGCCAAUGAGAGAAGAGCGAAUUAUCG